AUGUCAACUUCUUCGCCUAACAAUCAGUACCCAAAAAUUGAGGUUACUAGUUUAAAAGAUAUACCACCUCUACAUGAUUUAACAAAUUUAUCUCAUAGUGAUAUAAAAAACAUAUUAGAUUUCAUAGAUUUUCCUCCUUUAAGUUUAAAAAAGGGUGAGAAGUGUGAACUUCUACAAAUCAAAGAAGUGCUAUUUAAACUUAACAACAAUCAAACCGUUAUUCUCCUUGAAGAAUUAAUAGAAUCAGUUGACAGGAUUAAUAAUCUUAAAAAAUUAGAAAAAGAAUGCGACGUUUUAGAGAUAUCACUUGCGAAUAUAAAAGUUGAAUACGAUGAAAUUUCAUCUUUAAAAAAACAAGAUUUAGAAACCGAAUUGCUUUCUUUAAACCAUGCUUUUAAUGAUAAGCAGUUCGAAACAAAACAUUAUCAUUUACUCAAUCAGGCAUACGCUUUUAUAAAUCAGGAGCCUGUUAAUAAAAAUAUUCUAAAUAUGUUUUAUUUCGUAAAAAAAAACGAUAAAUACGAAAAAAUUAUCGAAAAAUGCGCGUUAAUUCGUCAAAUGGAGAGAAGUAAUAAUUUAUUGGCUAAAUUAUUUUUGGAUUUAAUAUGUCAAUAUACAUUAAAAAUAGAAGAUAUUGAGAGAAAAUACAAACUAGAUCAAGUAACUUUACUUAAGAUUGUAUAUGGAAUGACAAACAAUGGGAUUGUUAGUUACGAUAAAGAGAGAGGAAUUAUUACAUUUAGAAAAUAG